ACAAUCCGGAAGUCUGAUGGAACGCACAACCGGGAAGCCUGUGGAACGCACAGGGUGCUGGACCGCACGGCCGGACGCGUGGAGCGCAACAACUUCCGGGGUGAGAGGAGGCGGAAGUGUCUGGCAGGGGGAUUACACCGUAGUGAGGAAGACAUCCAGUGAGCAUGUGACACCCAGCAGCCAUCCCUGUGUGUCAGGAGGACUGAGCAGGAUCCAGAACCUCAUUACGGUGCCUCCACCUCACUCACUGAUACAUGAGAGGGACAGUGAACUCACCAACAAGAUCAUUCAGCUGCUGACUGGAGAGGUGGAGUAUAUAGAGGAACACAGGGGUCUGUACAUGGACGUGCUGGUGAAGAAUCACCGGGUUCUGUCAUCACUGGAUGGAUCCAGUAACAGAAAUACCCCAGAUAGAUGUCCCCGUCCUCUUUAUACACAGGAGAAUCACAGCAUCCCACAGGAGUAUCCGGGUGAAUAUCUGAAUGAUAUUAAGGUAGAAGUAAUAGAGGAAGAUGAAGAGAUGUAUGUGAGAGGUGACCAGCUGUUUAAGGGAGAGGAAAUCCCUACAGAUCUCAGCACAGAUGGAUCCAGUAACAGAGAUACCCCAGAGAGAUGUCCCCGUCCUCUAUAUACACAGGACAGUACAGAGGAGAAUCACAGGACCCCACAGGAGUAUCAGGGAGAAGACCUGACAUAUAUAAAGAUAGAAGAUUUGGAGGGGGAAGAGGAGAUGUACGUGAUCCGUGCUCAGCAGUAUGAGGAGGAGGGUAUAACCGCAGACGCCAGCACAAGGAGAGAAGCAACACUGCAACACAGAAGACCGCAAAUGCGAAGACAUCAUGAAAGCCUUGCCACCCAAGCAAACGCUACCAGACAACCAGGCCGGUCAAGCCAAGUCAUCCUCGCCCACCAUCCGGCUUUUGUCAGACAUUCAAGCCAUCUAUUAGGGAAAAAGAGACGGCCUAAUUUUUCUUACCAGGAGGUGGACAUUCUAGUGAACAAUGUGGUAGACAUGCUCAUGACUGCAAGCAGCAGUCUCACGUCAGCGGGCAAGCUGGCCAUUUGGCAGCAAAUCACACACAACGUCAACACAAUGGCUCCCAUAACGCGGUCCGUGGAGGAGGUGAAGAAAAGGUGGCAGGACUUCAAGCGCCGCCUCAAGGAGAAACUCAGAGAGCACCACAGACAAGUGAGAGUGAACAGUGGGGGGCCCAUUUCUCACCUACUACUAACACCAUUGGAGCAGAGGGCCAUGGUCUGCAUCCAUCAAGAGCAGAUACAGGGGCUGGAUGGAGGGGACACUGUGAGGCCAAUGUCUGCCCAGCAACUGAGCACAGGUGAAGAUGUUGAGGACCAGCAACAGUCACCACGAUCACCAAGGCUGGAUCCUCAAAGCCCCUCACCACCUCCACCACUACCGCUGACAUUACCUUCCCUGCCACUGCCAUCCCUACCAGAGUCACCACCUGCAGCGCUUGGCGAGACAUCUUCUCGGCCACACAUCCUUCAAGAGCUGCAGUCAGACAGGGCUGCAGCACUAGAAUACUAUGACCGUCUCAUGGAGAUUCAGCGCCAACAGCUGACACUCCAGGAGAGACAAGCGGAAGCCCUGGAAGGUGUUGGGGCCACUCUGUCUAGGUUGGCGACCGUACAGGAGAGACUGGCCUCUGCACAGGAGAGGCAAAACAUAAUCAUGGAAGGGAUGGUGUCUGUUUUUAAAAGAAUGUCUGGCCUGAGUAUGCCCACCCUGUACGGCCUUGGUGGGGCGUCUGCAGCAGGGGAGCCUGAGCCACAGGAGCCACCUGCACCCUCGCCUCCUGCAGCCUCCGUCGCUCGGCUCACCCGUAGGCAGGAGCGCCCCCAAGAGCCAACUCCAGCGUCUGAGGGCAAGCGCUUGAAAAGAGGGAAAAAAUAAGGUCUCAAGUACUCAUUUUAUAAUAAAACAAUUCAUUAUA